GGAGGAAAAAAAACACGGAAGUGACGUAGGCGCUCACGAGACUCAGAAUCAGAUUAAACCAUCGGAUUCCCGUAAAAAAAUAGGGGAGAAAAUCUAAGCAGACGAGCUGCAUUCAGACGACGGGAGAGAGAGGAGCAGGGAUUAUUCGGUGAAGUGGAAAGCGAGGAAAGCGCAGAGAACGAAGGAUAAGGGCUUGGUUUCAGAACUUUCUUCAGACGCAGCAGAAAGACAUGCUCACCAGCCUCACCACAGGUCUCCUGAUCUCAAGCCAAACCUUCCACUACUAAAGCCUCUUAGCCUACCCUCUCUGUUGUCGGGCAGCUGCCCAUGCACAUGCACGGCACCAUGGGUAGCUCCCCAGAGGUGCUGUCCUGGACCUCUUGCCCUAGCCUGCUAGUGGGAAAGCUCAAAGAAGAGCUGAAGCUCACCGUGGUAGGAGACGCUCUGAAGAAAGCUAAUACCAACAGCUCCCUUUCUCCCCAAGCCCCACCACCAGCUCCUCCUCCACAGAUCAUCGCAGACCUGGCUCCACCUACCAGCCUCCCAGUGCCCCUGCAGCCAGGCCGAGAUGAUGACUUGGGCGUGAGUGGCAGCAGCCCGCCCUGUACGGCGCUCAGCGAGGACUCGAGUCGAGAGCAGGGCCACUUUGAGAACAGCGUUCUGCAGCUGCAGGAGCAUGAAGAACACAACGCUGAGCAUGAGGAACACGGGUCCUGCGGGGAAGAGGGAAACGAGGACGGAGGCUGUAACAUGGAGCACGCCGACCAGCAUCAUCAUGACGAUAUCAAACUGCACUUCCACCGAGCCAACACGGGCGGAGGCGGCUUCCUGGAAGGCUUGUUCGGCUGCUUGAAGCCUGUGUGGAACAUCAUAGGGAAGACCUACUCGACCGAUUACAAGCUUCAGCAGCAAGAUGUGUGGGAGGUUCCAUUCGAGGAGAUUUCCGAGCUGCAGUGGUUGGGAAGUGGAGCUCAGGGCGCCGUCUUCUUGGGAAAGUUCCAUUCGGAAGAAGUUGCCAUCAAGAAGGUCCGAGAGCAGAAAGAGACGGACAUCAAACACCUCCGCAAACUGAAACACCCCAACAUCAUCGGUUUCAAGGGUGUGUGCACACAGGCUCCGUGUUAUUGCAUUAUCAUGGAGUACUGUGCUCAGGGGCAGCUGUAUGAGGUACUCAGGGCAGGGAGGAAGAUAACUCCCCGUCUCCUCGUGGACUGGGCAUCGGGCAUCGCCAGCGGCAUGAACUAUCUACACCUCCACAAGAUCAUCCACAGAGACCUCAAAUCACCAAACGUGUUAGUCACUCAUAACGAUGCCGUGAAGAUCUCCGACUUUGGGACAUCCAAAGAGCUGAGUGAUAAGAGCACCAAGAUGUCCUUUGCUGGUACGGUGGCCUGGAUGGCUCCAGAGGUGAUCCGUAAUGAGCCUGUAUCUGAGAAAGUGGACAUCUGGUCAUUUGGUGUGGUGUUAUGGGAGCUCCUGACUGGAGAGAUCCCCUAUAAAGAUGUGGAUUCCUCUGCCAUUAUUUGGGGAGUAGGGAGUAACAGUCUGCACCUUCCCGUUCCCUCAACCUGCCCUGACGGCUUCAAAAUUCUCAUGAAGCAGACAUGGCAGGGUAAGCCCAGAAACAGACCAUCCUUCAGACAGAUCCUGCUGCACCUAGACAUCGCCUCUGCAGACGUGCUGGGAGCCCCGCAGGAGACUUACUUUAAAUCUCAGGCCGAGUGGAGAGAGGAAGUGAAGAAGCAUUUUGAAAAGAUAAAAAGUGAAGGAACGUGCAUCCACCGCUUGGAUGAAGAACUUAUACGGCGCAGAAGAGAUGAACUCAGGCAUGCACUGGACAUUCGAGAGCAUUACGAGAGGAAACUAGAGAGGGCUAAUAACCUGUACAUGGAGCUGAGUGCGAUCAUGCUGCAGCUAGAAGUGCGAGAGAAAGAGCUCAUGAACAGAAGGGAACAAGCUGUGGAGAAAAAAUACCCCGGCACGUACAAACGCCACGUGGUGCGACCAAUCGUCCGACCCAACGCUGUCGAGAAGCUCAUCAGGAAGAAAGGCAGCGUGAACCACAAACCUGGCACGCAGACUCCCAAGAGGCCUGAUCUGCUGCGGUCUGAUGGAAUCUCCAGUGUGGAGGCUUUCCCAGUAUCCUCUCCUCUCUCAGGCAGCCCAAGGGUUUCCACUCCCCCUGGGAAAGCACGCUACCGCAGCAAACCACGCCACCGCCGCACCAACAGCAAAGGCAGUCACAACGAGUUUCCUGGGAUCAUGAAGCCCAACGUCAACAUGACUGAGGAACAGCAGCCACUGCAGCCUCAGCAAUACCAUCAUAAUAAUCAUCAUCAUCAUCAUCCUCAUCAGCUACCACCUGAGAGCCCUCUUCUCCCUCUGCAGAGGCGAGACAACGCAACAGCCACAUGCGCCAACGAACUGCGCUACUUUGGACCUGCCGCGGCACUACGCAGCCCUCACACCGAGCACCUUCAGCGCUCCAGCCCCGACCUCAUCAACACCACUCUAGAAGCCGAUGCACGGCAGCACGCAGCUACCGGGCCGGCUGCUCUCUGCCCCUGCUGUCAGGGUCACCCACUGCCCGGGUGCUUAAGGUGCCAGGACAUGUUGCCUGACUGCUCUCUGGUCAAUACAUGUGAGGGUCUAGACAGAGAGGGUAUGGAGGGACAGCCAGAGCAAGGCGGCUCCCCACAGAACAGCCUCCCACGCCCCCUUAGAACCCUCAGCAAGGCUGGGGAUGAGUCAUCUGAGGAAGAGGAGGGAGAGGUUGACAGUGAAGUGGAGUUUCCACGGAGACAGAGGCCUCACCGCUGCAUGAGCAGCUUUCAGUCGUACUCAACAUUCAGCUCGGAGAACCUGUCCGUGUCGGAUGGGGAGGAGGGAAACACGAGUGAGCACUCGCACAGCGGACCUCUAGAGGCACUGAGCGCCAGUCAGGAGGAGCAGCUGGACGAGCUGCUUUCACACACACCCGAGAUCCCCAUCGACAUCUCCACACAGUCUGACGGCCUCUCGGAUAAAGAGUGUGCUGUGCGCCGGGUCAAGACCCAGAUCUCCCUGGGCAAGCUGUGUGCUGAUGAGCACAGUUAUGAGAAUCCGCUGCACUUUGGCGAUUCAGACUGCGACUCUUCAGAAGCCGAAUGCUCCGAUGCCACCAUCAGAAACAAGCAUCCAUGUGCUCCCUCUUCCUGGUGAGCUCAUCCCACGGGUCCCGCCAUCUGGGAGGAGAGCCACCGCAAUAACUGGGGCCUGCUGUAAAAGACCACGCCCCUUUUCUCAUCCAGUCUCCGCCCUCUAUCUCAAGCCCCACCCAUCCGAGUAAGCUCAGGCAACUCUGGACUGACAAUGUAGCUAGUGUAACGUUCAUAAUUUAUUUUUCUGCAUUCGAGGCGAAGAAAACAACAAAAAAAACGAAUAAAUAGUAAUCGGGACGUCUUUUUAAAUCCUAGCCUAGAACAAAAGAACAGGAACGAACGAGUGUAUCGGGUUGGAAUGGAACAAAAGGUACAAACUUUCAACCAGGAACACGGCGAUCAAGGAUGGUGUGAGUGCGUUCGUGAGAGGUGGUGGAGAGUAUAGUAAAGACCACUCUUGAUUUAAAGAUCACUCUGAUUAAACACGGGACCCUUUAACAUCAACGCAAGCAGCCAGAUCUGCCCUUGGCUAAGAAGCUGAGACACGCUAGCUACCUGGUAAAGCUUGAGUUUCUAAUAAACAAUGCCCUGGGAUAUCAGGGUCACAUUGGUUUGAGCACCAGCAUGAACAGCACCUGUCAGUCCUCUCUGGGUUCCCCCCCCCCAUCUCACUAUCCAUCUCUCAUUUCUAACACCACAGACCCAUGUGGAGUCUCAGCAUGCUAGUUGGAGAACCGAUCCUACUUUGCUGCUGCGUUUGUCACACACACCGGAACACGUGACUCACUUUCAAAACCACGCACAAGAGAAUCUGUGUGAGAAAUCCCUGAAAACAGUGUUGAAGCUGGAGGAAAAGCGGUCCGGCUUUUCCCUCUCACCUCAGGCCAGAACUCCAGAAGGAUUAUGAGACUGGAAGACGACGAGAACUCGUUCCUUUCCAUGUGCGGAUCUGUGUCCAGACCCAAGUUUCUCCGGAAGUCACCCUGUGCUUCAGUUCUUUAAUCUCGUCUCAGUUUUUUUCAUCCGAGGUUGUUUGUAUAUUUAACGAUUUAGUUGAUGUGAAGAUGCAGCAGCCCCUUAAAUCCCUCAGGACUUGCCGUAAAUUGUUCCGUUUUUGUCCGUAUAUGAAGUGAGAGACUGAAUGUCUAGUGUGAGGCACGCGCCUUCGGACACACUCUAAAGGUUCAGCAAUAACGCAGGUUCCGCUCAGGCUUAAGAGAAUCUCGCUCAGGAGGACUGUCUAGCUGGCUGGACAGACGCACUGGCAAGUUGUAGUGAGAGCAGGUAGUUCUAGGAAAAGUCGCAUUAAAAAGAAGCGUCUAUUUUUUGAGACUUUUGUGUUGCUCUAAAUCACCACCUGCGUUUUUGAUGAUUUGAUGCUCAGGUUAAGUUCGAUGCACAGUGCAGCUCUUUUCUUCAGCGUGCUAGCAGUGGCACUCCACUAGAGGGAGACAGAUCUGCGUGUUGUGUUGCUGUGAUAGAAACCCAAGCAACAUUCCUUUUACAGUCGUCUAAAUGCUAGGAGUAGGUUUUAUCAGGAUUAAAGCGGUUAAUCCUACUAAUGUAAUCUGUUUUUAUGUUCACAAAACGAGGGAUGCUGCAUCUUUUAUCAAUGAUAAUAUACUGUAUUCAUUACCCAUGUGUGUGUUUGGUGUGUGCGUGUGUAUGCUUGUGUAGUAGUUUAGACAAGGUGGCCAGUUGAACUUUAAAAACUGACAGAUAGGAGAUGAGAGAGAGAGAGAGAGGGUUUCUAUUUUAUUUAAUUGAUAUGACGGGGUUUGCUUGUACGUUGAAGUCUUGCACCCACAUGCGUUUGGCAGCAAAUGAACAAAGCAAGAAGUUCAACACCUAAGCCUGUUUGACACGAAUCUUAUUUCCAGUGUAUUCCACCGACCAGCACGAUUCAGAUUGGAUGGGGGGGGGGAUGCUUUCCGUCUGAAUGGGAAGGACUUUGUGAGGCUUUUGUCUUGUAACCAGUGAGCCAGGACAACUUCUGGACACACACCAACCUCAUUUCUCUUGUUUACGUCUUUUAAGAAGCUUCUGUGAUUUUUAUUCCACAGAAAUCAGACAGGUAUUGAGAGUAAAAUACAAUAAUGUCUUUCCAUCUGCAGCACUAUAAUGUUUUCUGUAUAGUUGUGAUUAUUUGUUGUUAAUUUAAUUUAAUUUAAUUGUUUCUUUCCUUUUCUUUUCUUUUUUUGUAGCUGGCCUACACGGUCUUUGAAUUAAUUUAUUUUGGACUACUAGCUUAGAAUCACGUUAGUUUUCCUAAUCAUAUCGAUUUUGUUUUCUUAUAUCAUUAUUCAUUUGCGAAGUAUUUCGGGGAAGAGAGCAUUCAGUCUUUUUCUGAGUGAACACCUUUGCUAAAAUUAGAGCCGGAAAAGAGUCGAGACUCCUGAAAUCAUGUUUUAGUCUACAGUAUUUUUUUGGAAUCUUCACAGAGAGAUCAUGAAAUUAUUAGCGCCUAGGUUCUGACUGUAGGAUUUAACACCUGAAAUGAAGACAUGUUUGAUUUUCAUCUUUAUCAUCCAGUGGUGUUUGUAAGCUUGAACACUGACGUCUAGACUAAGGUGCGAGCAUCAGGCCCAGCAUCGCUCCUGUUGAAUUAGCACAUGUAAUUCUGCUAAAGUGAUCAGUUACCGGGGAACAGUUUCCUCUCAGUGCUUAAAGUUUGGGGCGUUUUGCUCAGCGCUGUUGGUUUAGUAAAUUAGCUCAUCACUGUGUUCGCGAUAAACCUGUUAACUCAAGGGGUCUCUUGAUACACCUGUAAGCAGAGGUUUGGUAAAACUAACAAAAAGAGUUCUCUUUAGUGUGCUAUUUGCCAUACUGUCUGUAUUUCAUAAUCUGACAGAUAAAGUCUGGAUGCUCUCAGUAUUUAAAUCAGGAUGAAACUGUACUAUUAAGUCUCGCUGUAUCACUCUGUAUUUUUCUGGUUCUCUCCGUUUCUCGGUGUCUUCAUUCCUUCCCACGUUCUUCUCAUUCCGUUUUCAACUAAUGCAUAAACGGUUAUUUUGUUAUAGACUAUUUUUGUGCAGGACGUGUUAAAACUCCGAGCUAUUUUUCUUCUUCUCCAGUAUGUUUCUUACUCAUGUCCCACCACCCCUUUUCCCCUAGCUUGAAUGGCGUUCUGAUCAACCAACCCUGACGGUUUCCUGUAUUAGCCUGUGUAUAGUGCAGUGGGAACAGGAAAGAAUAAAAUCAAAAGCAAACUGCAUGGAAUAAAACGCUGAUGUACUGUAUCAGACUCU